AUGAGAGCUGCUGUUGAACAAGAUGUGAUAAGAGACAAUGAUGGCAAUCUCGAGUCUAGAUCUCUGACUUUUCAACUCCGAGACUUUGCAAACAAUCUCGCAACCACUUUUCCUGAUGCCAACUUGAAUGAAGUGAUCACCCUUCAUUACGGUGAUCUGGCCAAUUAUCUCGCUCGAGCUGAGAAAUUCCAGGCUCAAAAACAACGUCCAAAUCUGGACAACAUGGGAAUUUUGGAACCGUCUCCACCGGCAGAAGAACUCACAGCUGAAGAUGAGAAGAAGUUUCACGAUCUCGAGAAUCAAUCAUCUGCUCGUUCAGAGGCCUUAGAUCCGGAUCAUUAA